CAAACAUAAGGAAAUGAGUGUUGACUCCCCGAGUAGUGACAGGAACCCGUCCCCUCCCCCAGAGUUCCAAGAGGAUAAAGAUCUGCUAGAGGCAGGGGUCAUUCGCAACACAACCUUUAGUAAACACUGGCUCUUCUCAACGCUUAUGAAAUUAAUUGAGGAAGUAGAGAAAGAAAAUGACAACAAGGAAAGUGAGGAAGGACAGAAUGACUUCAGUGUAGAUGUUGAUGAGGAGUUACAGACAGAACUGUGUAAACUAUGGGACAUGUCCAUGAACUCGGAAGUGGUGCAGUUCCUCAAUGAGUUUAAAGCUGUGGAGAUCUUUGUUGGUAUAAUUGGAAAAUCCAAAGCUCCGCGAGUUACAGAAAUCUGCAUAGGAAUUCUCGGAAAUAUGGCAUGUGACAGUGAAGUUUGUGUGACAAUGUCAGAAAAUGAGAAAGUCCGAAAAAUGGUGUUGCUGUUACUAGAUAAUUCGGACCCCCAAACAUUGAAUGAAACCACAAGGUUUCUGUACACAAGUCUCUCCAAUCCAGCUGCCAGAGAAGAGUGGAUACGAGCCAUCAAUGAGGCAGAAAAUAUCCAGGAGCACAUCAACUUUAUUUUCCAGAGUUCCACAAACUCUGAUUUGUUACGCAACACUGCUGAGUUCUUGGAUGUGCUGCUUGAUGUAGAUGAGGAACUCUGUCAGAAAUGGGCCACGCCCCUUCUGAUCCAGUCCAUGCUAGAGGCCUUUAAGCAAAUUGGAUGUAAACACAGCACGGCCCUAGAAACUUACCUCCAUAUCUUCCAACUAAUGUCAACCACAGAAACGGGAGUGGAAUCUUUGGUUGAGUGUGCAGACAGCCUGUGCCCCCCUCUGAUGAAGUACCUUGGAAUCCUGUGUGAGGACGAAAUUGUGGGUCUGGAGGGGCGAGAGGCUGCCCUCGCCUCGGCCCUUUCUGUCCUCAAUGUCAUCUUCACCUCCCAUGACGACACAGCCGCAAUGCUCCUCAAAGAUGAAAGGCUAUUGAGGAUUUUUUUGAAGAUCCUUGAGCCACUCAUGCCGUACAUUCAAAAAAUCAAUGAUGAGAGUGAAACAAAACCUGACACAGCGACUUCUGCUGGAGAGUGUGCAAAAGGAGAUAAUAUUGAGAGGAACCAGGAACCAACAAAAUCCACGAAGGUUGAAACCAAAGAGCAAGAUUUGGAUGGGGAGACAGAUGAAUCAGAUGAGGAUGAAAUGUCUGAAAAAAGUAAACAACUUAUGAUGAUGCUAUACCAAGUUCUCCAAGGAUUUACUUUUGAUUUCUUGUUUUCAAUUCAUGUGGCAAUGACUGAAGAAGACGAGGAAGAGAAAGAGAAGACAUCAACAGAAUGCAGCAAUCAACACAAAAAUCUCUUCACUUACAUGAAUGAAUCAGUUAGCAGGGUACGCUUAAAUCACUUCAUAGCCACGCUUAAGGAUGCAGCCAAUGAUACGUUUAACCCUGUUGAUACCAUAAAGACUGCAGCAACUAAAUUUCAGCUUGAUAGAUUGGAGAGGAUUAUUAAGUCUGUGGAGGAAGGACGCUAUGUACACAGAGAAAAUUCUAACGACAAUGGAACUUAAGUUUGUGAUGAGGAAUCAUUCAUGUACAUUUUCUCAUUAAGAAUUCAUCCAAUUGAUCAAAUAAUGUGUGUCAAAUAUCAGUAAAAGCAGCUGUAACAUAUAAUGUAGUUAAUAUAAAAUUGUAUGAAUUCUUGCGUAUGGAUUUAGUUCAGCGAUACCUGGAUGUUUAGAGCCGAGAUUAAAUGUCAAUUAUACACUACUGUUAAAAUUAGGAAGUUCAUUCUAUUUGUUAGUCACAAAUGGCCAAUAAUUUAGCUGUCAAUAUCCUUUUAAUGCUAUGUAGUUCACCGAGACGAAGUCAGGGGGAGCCGACGCUACAAUCCCAUCGUUGGUGUCGGCAUCCAGGUUAAAGUUUUUGUUGCAUGUCCUGUAUCUAAGCUAUUACUUGUCCUUUCUUCACCAAACUUGCAUGGAUAAUGCAUAUGGACCUACUAAUGGACUUGAAAGACUUGGAUGCUGAAUCUGGGCCAUGAAUUUCAGAUGCUGGAGGAGGUUAAGGUUUUGUAGUAGGUUAAAAUUUUGAUAGCUACAUCUAUGACCAAACUUGCAUGAAUGGUGUGUCACAUGAUCCUUAAGCACUUGACAGGCUUUGAUGCUAGAUCUGUACCAUUGAUUUUGGAUGCAGGAAGAAGUUAACAUAACAGGUCACAUGUUUAUUGAUUAAAUAAUAGUACAUGUGUACUUUCUUAUUCAAACUUGCAUGGUUAAUUUAACUAUGUAAAUGAAUCGCAGAUCUAGAGGUAGCUUCAGAUGCAAAUUAGUGACCUUGAUUUUCUAGACGCUUAGGCAGGUUUAAGAUUUUGGAACAACUCAAAUUGUGUUGGAGUCUUAGAGCUGGUUACGAAAUGAAGUAAACUCUAUUCAUACCCUGUCAGAACUUAAACAGUUAAUAUAACUAUGGAUGUGUAAAUGGAGGUAGCUUCAGAGACAGACUUUUCAGGCAGCUUUUCUCUAUAUUUCAUCUGUCAUGAAUUAUUCAUGGGGAAUAACAAAAUGAUAAAAAGAUUCUUUUUUCUUUUAUUUGCAAGUGAGUUACAAAAAAAAUUAAAUUCAUAAUCAUCAUAUAUCUGUAUAUAAACCAGUUCAGGCCACACAAUUAUAAUACAGACUGAGAAACAUAAUCAUUAAAAAUUAAGCAUUAAUUAUGCUCAUCAGAGAACAUUGGACUGGAACUGUUUUGGAAACAGUUGUAUGUUUAUGGCAUAUUAUGCUAUACUGACUAUAUAAUGAAAAAAAAAAUGGCAACAUAUUGGUGACAAGUAUAAAAAGACUGAAAACUGGAGUGAAAAUGAAUGACAACUAAUUAUUAACUAUAAUUUUGUAAACACAUUAAAAUGAAGUUGAUACAUAAAUAAAUAACACAAUAUUUUUAUUAUUAUUUAUUUUUCCCUCUAUUUCUUAAUAAAACUUACAGUUAAUUCAUAGCUAGAAACAGCCAGACUGAAAUCUACAUGCCCCAUUUAUCGAUUGGUCAAAAUCUACAGCGGCUGAAACUGACGAUAAAGUGACAGGACUAAAAUUGACACGCCCUAUUUAUUGAAUGGUCAAAACCUACAGCAACAUAAGAAAUAUCACGGACUGCACAAAACAAUCAUGAUGAUGUCAGACUCAAAGAUUUGGCUGUUUCUUUUAGCUGACGUACUUAAUAUGUACAUUAACAGUAAUUUAGAGAAUCUUACUUAUUUUCGUAAUCAAUUUAUUAAUUAGUUAAAAGAAAGACGUUAAUAUAAACAGUAAUAUGCUUUCUUUGGUGACUUAUGCGGGUUAUGGAGGUCGCGAUUACUGCAGAAAAAAUUUAAAUAGGCAGCUAACGCAGGUUAUGUACUUUUUCUGCAAUGUUGCUACCUUCAUAUCCCGAAUGACUCAUAAUAAAUCUCUGAUCUGAAUCAUGUCAACUUUUUCAAACCUCCGGAACA